UUAACAGCCAAUCCGGUGCACAGCGUCAACACUGGCUGCGUGAAAACAUGGCGGAUAAAGAGGAAGAAAUCUGCUUCAAAAAGGAAACCGUGAGCAAACUCCUGUGCAGUUCCUUUAAAGAGGACAAAACCAGAUUAGGCACUGAAGCUACGCUACUCAUGAGAGAAAUGCUGAAAGUAUUUGUGCAAGAGGCCGCUCUGAGAUCGCUGAAACAAGCUGAAUCUGAGGAUUGCAGCCAAAUUGAGAUUGAGCAUUUUGAAAAGGUCCUGCCUCAGCUGCUUCUGGAUUUUUAGUUGAACCACAAGAUGGAGCCAGAGGGCAGCUAACAAGUUGCUACAAGAUUUUGUUUUUGAGAUUUUUUUUUCUUCUUCAGUAAAAAUACCUUCCAAAUUAAAUCUGAGGUCACAUUGAUA